AUGGAAGAUGGUGGGGACAGGAUAGACGAGGGCAGUGUGGCCGACGCGUUGGAUGAAGUGUAUUCCAUCGUGUUCAUGCCGGACGAUGAAUCGUCCGAACCUGAAGAAUACGUCGAGGUAGACGGUAAGGAAGCAGAUGACGAAUACGAGGAUCGCGAACUCGACGACGAGGAGGAAACAAAUAGCGUCGCUAAUCGCAAGACUGUGCCAAAACAAGGGUCACACUGGGAGCAUACCAAAUCGCUGCUGCGCAAAGAAAUGUACAAAAUACAGGAAAAGUACCUGCGGAUCGUAGCGAAGCAGGAUGGCUAUAUGAUCGUAGAGUUAAAGCAGCACCGUUGCUGCUGCUGUGCCCAGUUUUUCGAAACUACCCACCAACUCGAGCAACAUCUCAAGAACAAACGCCAGCGGAAAACGACGCGACAGCAGAAAAAGGAUUCGUCGUCCACUCCGUACACCUGCGAGUACUGUGGGAAACAGUUCAAGUUCCCGGUGGUUUACCAUUGCCACCUGCGCAUGCGGCAGCAACGGCAGUUCUACUUCUGCACGCUCUGCAAAACCGUGAUGGAGAGUGAAAAGCGCAUGCUCUCGCAUAUGGUGCACACGCAGAAACACGCUGCGUACUUUAACCUACCGUAUGAGGAUAUUGAUGAUCGCUACUACUCCGUCCAAAUGCCCGGUGUGCGGUGCUGCGGUUGCGGGAAGCAGUUCAAGGACGAGGAAGAGCUCACUGACCACAUCCGUGCGUCGCACCCGCCGGAAGCGAGCGAUCGAAAACGCACGCAUCCCUACGGAUGCGAUGUAUGUGGCCGUCGUUUCAUUCGCCAAUCGCAGCUCGUUAAUCAUACGGCCAUGGGAACGGUAGACACACCGACGGGCGCUAGGAUGCGCCCUGUCUUGCAGCACUACUGCAAGUUGUGCUCGUUCGAAACCCCAAACGCGCGUCGAAUGGAGCUUCACCAGCGCAGUGCGAUCCACAGUCAGGUCCUCUCGUCGAUGCGUCUCUGUCCGCUUGAAAACAGCGCCAUAAAGCUCGACCCGGUGCGCUACUGUUGCUUCGAGCAGUGCAAGAAGUCCUUCACGGAUCUCAUCGAGCUGUGUGCGCACGUUCGCGGGUUCCACUCGGAGGCGUUGGCCAAAAACAAACGCAUCGCACGCGAGCAGGAUGAAGAGAGCGGCGCGGGUACGGUCGCGUGUGAUGUUUGCGGUCUGCGGCUGAAACAUCUGACCGCGCUCAAAAGACACCAAUCGUUGCGUGGCGCGCAGGUUUGUGUCUGCUCGGUCUGUGGCAUCAAAAAGCGGUCCCGCGCCGUGCUGCUGGUGCACGAGCGGACACACACCGGGGAACGACCGUAUUCCUGCGAUGAAUGCGACAAAUCCUUCUCCUCGAUCACGUCGCUGCGCUCACACCAAAAGUGUCACAAGCCACGCGAGCUGGAGUGCGACGUGUGCCUGGAACGGUUUGCGCGGCUGGAAAAUCUGAAACGCCACGUACAGCUGAAGCACGGCGAAGCGACGCACCAGUGCCAGUCGUGCCCGAAGAAAUUUAAAACGCGCGACACUCUCGCCAUGCAUCUGCGAACGCACACCGGCGAGAAGCCGUACAAAUGCCGGACGGAGGGCUGCGAAAAGUGGUACGUCAACGUGUCCGACCGACGGCGGCACGAGAUGUCGAACCACACGAUGGAGCGGCCGCACAAAUGUAGCUACUGCGACGCUGCGUUCAUCCGGAAGCGCCAGUUGGCCAUUCACGAGCGGCGCCACACGGGAGAACGGCCGUUCGUAUGUUCCGACUGUGGCAAGGGCUUUUUGGACGCGGUGAUCCUGCGCAAGCACAUCAGAACUGUCUGCCCGAACGCCGCGAGCGAUGGAACUGUUGCGCCAGGAUAA